UAAUUUAUUACUAUGCGUGGCUGCAUCGAAUGCAUUUGUAAACAAUUUCUUUCCUAACGUGAGGUAUAACCUCUGAAUUAACAAAAAAGACUCGGAUCGUGUCGGUUGUGUCUGGGAUAUUUCUUGUCGGCUUUUUCUCCUCAAUUGAUUUUAAGUUUUCAAGCAGAUAGCAGUUACUACAUUAUAAAAUAGUACUAAAAACAAACGUGUUUGCAGAGUGGUAUUUAACGGAAUAAAUCAACAAGUACAAUGAAUCCAAAACUAACUAUACCCUUGCCAAAUGAACACUUAGAAAAGUUGGAAUCAGACUUCCUUUACCAUCUUGGUAUUAAUAGUAAAACAACAAACUUCGAAAAAGAGUUUGGAGAUGUUAAAUUUGUGUGUAUGGGCGGAACAAAAAACCGUAUGUUUGAACUAGCAAAAUACCUACAAAAGGUUUUAGGUUUACGGGGUGAACUUGUAGACCUUUGUGAGAAAGCUCAUCGUUAUGCAGUAUUUAAGGUUGGUCCAGUUUUGUGUGCAAGUCAUGGCAUUGGAAUGCCAUCGAUGAGUAUUCUUCUUCAUGAAAUGAUCAAAUUGGUCUCAUAUGCCAAGUGCAAAGAUCCAAUAUUUUUAAGAAUUGGAACAUCUGGUGGAGUAGGAAUUCCUGUCGGAACAGUUGUAGUUACAAAAGAUGCUUACAAUGGUUACAUUCGAAAUGAACACGAGUUGGCUAUUCUUGGAGAACGUGUUUGUCGACCUGCUAAAUUCCAUGAAGAAGUCUACACUAGUUUGUUAUCAUGUGCUGAACCUGAUGAUGAUUUUAAGACAAUUUUAGGAAAUACAAUGGCAGCCGAUGAUUUCUACGAGGGUCAAGGACGCUUAGAUGGUGUUAUUUGCGAACACAAUGAACAACAAAAGAUGGAGUUUUUGAAGAAGCUUCACAAUCAUGGAGUCAGGAAUAUUGAAAUGGAAGCAACAAUGUUCUCCUCAUUAACACACCAUAUUGGUAUUAAAGCUGGAGAAAUAUGUGUUACCUUAGUAGAUCGGCUUCAGGGAGAUCAGGUUACACAAUCUAAUAUUCCCAAAGAAGUUUUAGAACAAAGACCAUUGACGAUGUGUGGGCGAUUUAUUAAAAAGCAUUUAGACUAAAAAAAAUUUCCAAUAAACAAUUUUUAGAAGAAUUUCAUGUUUGAUCAAAUAAAUGAAUGUACAAAAUUGAA